GGCGAAGUUCGGGCCAGCGCGUGGUUUGUUGUUUGCUCUUUCGCUCCCUGGGAGGUACCUGCGUGCUGGCUUUGCUCGUGCAAAUGCGCAGACCCGCCUUCUCCGUUGUCGCCCUGCUAGGGAGGACUAUGGCGACCGCGCGAGAAGGUUUGGGGAGCAGCAAGAAAGUGGUGGAGUGUUUCUACGACGUCUUGUCUCCAUAUUCCUGGCUGGGAUUCGAGGUUCUCUGCCGGUACCGUCCUAUCUGGAACAUUGAGCUGCGUUUGCGUCCUGUUUUACUUGCAGGCAUAAUGAAGGAGACCGGUAACCGGCCCCCAGCACUGCUGCCCAAGAGAGGAGAGUACAUGGUGAAGGACAUCAUGCGGAUGGCAAAAUUCUACCAAGUGCCUUUGCAACAACCAAAGGAUUUCAUGGGGACUAUGAUUGAGAAGGGGAGCCUUUCUGCCAUGCGUUUCAUCACAGCUGUGGAUAUAGCAGAGCCGCAGUUUCUGGAGUCUGUGUCGAGAGAACUUUGGAUGCGUAUUUGGUCCCGGGAUGAAGAUAUCACCCAGCCAGAAAGUAUUUUGGCCGUAGCAGGGAGAGCAGGGCUACCCUCAGGCAAAGCCCAGAAGCUUCUGGAAAUGAGCACCUCCCCUGAUGUGAAGAAUCGUCUGAAAGCAACAACGGAAGAAGCGCUGAGAUAUGGGGCCUUUGGGAUGCCGUGUUUUGUUUUCCACGUUGACGGUGAGCCUCAGCUGCUCUUUGGUUCAGAUCGUCUAGAGCUGCUGGGAAGUCUUUUGGGAGAGAAGUGGCUGGGUCCCGUUCCUACGUCUUCUAACCUCUAGGUCUAAGGAAUUAUGAGACAUCUAAGCAACAAUUUCUAGUUAGGACAUGUCUUCCUGUCAGCUUCCACAGGAUCAACACAGGAGUGCAGAUGGACAAAUUGCACCUCUUCCGUCCGGAAUAGGGAGACGUAAGGCCACCCCACACCAGCACUAUUCCUGAUAUUAAGAAAGCAACACAGCAAUCAACUCGACAUGCAGUGGAACUCAUGCACACUUGUAUGCGCAUAAUAUGCCUUUGACCUGUGGCGUAGCAGAUAUGUGGAUUUGAAUUACUGUAGUUCUUCGAUUGUAAGACG